AUGUCUCGUUUGAUUAACGGCGUGAGGUCGUUCUCGACCACGGCUUCAUCCCUCAUCGCUGACGCGACCGCCGCUUCACAAUCUGUUCGCCAGCCAUCCAGCUUCCAGGUCUUCCGCGAUGCUUCCUCUAUCCGGGGACUACGUCGCCAGUUGCUGCAGAAGGAUCGGACUGUCGGAUUCGUUCCCACUAUGGGCGCACUCCAUGAGGGGCAUCUUUCGCUGAUUCGACAAGCUGCCCGUGAGAAUACAGACAUUUUCGUCAGCAUUUUCGUCAAUCCCACACAAUUCGGAGUCACGGAAGAUCUGUCUAGCUAUCCCCGCACCUGGGAGAGCGAUGUCGAAAAAUUGGAAAAGCUGAAUGAGGAGCUCGAGCGGUUGGGAGAAAACAGUGCAAGCGCUGGGCGCAUCACGGCCAUUUUCGCACCGACAUCCAAGGUCAUGUAUCCCGGUCUACCUCCUACAUCAGAAGUUGAUGGCCAUGGCUCCUUCGUCACAAUUACCCCUGUUUCAACCAAAUUGGAGGGUGGCGCUCGGCCAGUAUUCUUCCGCGGUGUGGCAACUGUCUGCAUGAAGCUUUUCAACAUCACAACUCCCGAUCGCGUCUAUUUUGGCCAGAAGGAUGUGCAGCAGACUGUAGUUAUCAAGCGCAUGGUGGAGGAUUUCCAUAUUGGCACCCAAGUGCGAAUCAUUGAAACCACCCGUGAAGCUGAUGGCCUGGCAUUGAGCUCGAGAAACGUCUACUUGGGAGACCGCCGACGAGCCGUUGGACUCACUAUAUAUAGAGCGUUGAAGGCCGCCGAAGAAGCGUAUCUGGCCGGCAAGACCAGCCGGACCGAUAUCCUUGACGCUGCCCGCAUGAUUUCGGAUUCUGUCCUUUCUGAGCAAAAGGCGCUUUCACCAGCUGAAAGAGCACUUUACGAGGUCGACUACAUCUCUCUCGCUGAUCCCGAUACUCUUGAGGAGUUGGAGACUGUCGAUCUGGCUAAGGGUGCGAUAUUGAGUACCGCGUUCAAGAUGGAACCACUGGAAGUCUCCAAGCCAGGUGAGGACUGUGGCUUGGGCGAUGGAAAGGUCCCCGUACGCCUGAUUGACAACCUCAUUCUGCAUCCCCGUGCUUGA